CAGGCGGCCACCCAGAGCCAAUCAGGAGAGGGGAAAGUGGGGUGGGAGAAAAAUGCUGACAUACGAGUUCGCAUGAGAGUGCACCGCUGGAGCAAAGCAGACUGAAUCCUGGGGAAUAGCCUAGCUCAGGAAAAGCCAUAGGAGGGGUUUCUUCUUUCCUUGGUUGUGAUGCCAUCUGUGCCAAUUGCCAUGCCUACUGAAGGGGAACCUACAACAUUUGCCAAACUUCUCCACCUGAUGUUCCUGUCUACAUUCUGGGGAAUGCAGAUAUGGGUCACAUUUAUAUCAGGUCUGAUCAUGGGCAGUAACCUAACAAGACACACAUUUGGCUUCAUUCAGAGCAGACUCUUCCCAUAUUACUUUCACCUCGGAUCUGCCUGUGCUUUCUUUAACUUAACCAUCUUUGCAAUGUAUCAUCCCAGUGAGCUGUUAAAUGAAGAGGAGACAUUUCAGAUUAUCAUUUUCUUCAUCUGUGUGACUGUUGCAGGGCUCAAUGCCCAAUGGUUUGGUAAGAUAACUUCUGAAAUCAUGGCUGAUAUGCAUCUGAUUGAACAGAGCUGUGGGCUGGGGAAGGAUAUUGGAUUGACAACCAACAGGGAGGCUUAUAACCAGCUGAAGGAGAUGAACCCCAAAUACAAGAAGUUUUCACACCAACUAUCCCUGUAUCACAACGCCUCCUGUUUAUGUAACCUGUGUUGCAUCAUCUGUAAUGGGAUAAGUUUGUACUACAUGGCAGCCAAGUUAUCCACGUUAUAAAAGUGCUUUGAGUAAGAUAUUUAAAGGUUGCAUACAAUGGUGGUCUAUUUACAAGUCACGGAAAUUUGAAAUGUAAACUACUUUGCCAUGUUGACUGUGAUGGUGGAGAGUAAUUCAACAUGAUCUCUCCAAUAAUAUUUUUUUAAAUGCUAGCACACCAUUUGCAAAAUUUUAAGCAGAAGAAGAAACAAUGAUGAGAAGAAGAAAUUUUUAAAAUCGAAGAUGACAAUGCUGCUGGAAUUAGUCAACUGAGAUCAAUCUGGGGUGGUAGAUUUCUGUCAAGCUGUAGCCUCACCUGGUCUCCCAGGCAAUGUGUAGUGUAGGAUGCAUGUAAGUGGGCUAUCAUACUUUUUCACACCCACAGCCCCAAAUUGAUUUGAUUGGACAACUGCAGGAGUACAACGAAGGAGAAUUGUGCUAGUGCAUAUCAUAACGUUGUGAAUGAACUGCAUAUGCUUGCGGCCAAUGAGAAUCUGUUACUGACUGGACUUAGAUAAUUAGCCUGAAUUGAUAUAGGUGAAAUUAGAACAUUUUAUAUAAUAUACCUUCCUAGAACAUAUUGAACUGGAACAGACUAUUGUGGUGUAUCUGGCUAGCCCCAAAGUUAAAAAGAAUGCCAUACACUAUCUCUCAUCUCUUUAUCUACCAUUUACUUAGUUCUUACCAUUUUGAUGACUGUACAUACCUCUAUAGGCUGUCUGCCCCAUAUAUUCACCACCCUUUGGAUAAAUCAACUUCUACAGAUUGUCUGUCAUUCUAAAUAGUUGUAUGAGAUCUAGAUUGAAUAUAUAGUAUCAAAAACACCAAUGAAUGUUUUCUAAUGUCAAUAAACUCAGUAUUUUAAGAACAUUAA